AUCUCAAGCAAAUGCAUGAGAGACACAAACUCAUUUCUCUGGGACCUGAACCAGGACAAUCCAAAGGAAUACGCUGUCAUGAUGUAUGAUUCUUACGGGAAGAUGGGAAGCAACAUGGUCGGAGGCAACGUAAACCAACCUGGCUUGAUGUCGGAGUGUCGCUCUGCUCACACUCCUUCCUUCUCUGGACAAUACUGCAAGGUGUCUCUCACUCAGGGAAAGGUUUUCUAUUUUGUGGGUAUUUGUGUUCCUGACUCUUGCGAAGAUACAGAUGCACACAUGCUGGUGCUUGAAGGGAGACUGAAGUUCAGAGAGAUCUCCCUCAUUCCGCCUUUACCAUCUGCACUCAUCAAUGAUUCUACGCAGCAUGUGGUGGGGACACAUUGUUUGUCCAAAACUGUUCACCCUGAUCCAUCAGGAAUCGCUUGUCUGGUCCUUUGUUGUGUUUUGGUAACACUUCCUCUUGCUGCUACCCUCAUCACAGCUGUGAAGAAUGAACAACUGAGGAGGAAAGUCCCUGCUGCUUUGGAACCUCUCCCUUUGGUUGAGGGACAACCAGUUGGAGAUUUAAAGAUUAACAAUACCUCAAAUUGGGGAAAAGAUCAUUGCAGUUUAAAAGAAGCCAACCAAACCAAUGCAAGUCAGCAGGAUACUCUCAGUCAUUGCUUGCAGCAGUUUCUUCAGGCCUUCUCCCUGCAGACAACAACACAGGGAAUCUUUAGCACUCCGGCCUCUGUCAAGGCCUCCUAUCCUUCCUUGAACGGCAUUCGAGCACUUAGCCUUUUAUGGAUCAUUUCAGGACAUGCUUUACGUCUCAUUGAAACAAGCCUUGUGGAUAACAGAAGCACCUUGCAAGCAUCUGAGAAAACAAGUCCCCUGCAUGUGUUUACUGACAGUGGGAAUAUCUACCUGGCCGUGGACUCAUUUUUGCUACUCGGAGGUUUGCUCAGCGCCAAAAGUCUCCUAAACUCAAUCCAGAGGAAUGAUGACACCAUGAGCCCCAGUCUUGUGGCAGAUUACUACUUCAAGAGGAUCAGAAGGAUACAGCCCCUGCACAUGUUUGUUCUUCUACUCUAUGUAGGCUUCACCUCUGUGUUCAGUGGAGGACCUUAUGGGGAUGUAUUACAACACCAAUGUGGCAAAUACUGGUGGACAAACCUGCUGUUGAUUAACAAUCUAUUUACAAUCCGAUUAUCAUGCCUACCUUGGACAUGGUACCUCUCACUGGACAUGCAGUGCUAUGUUACAACGCCUCUGCUGAUUCUUGCUCACAGAAAGAACAAAGUUGUAUUUGUUAUCUUAGUGGUUGGCUUCCAGAUUAUGACUGUUUUGACUGGAUUUUUCUUCAUAGCAAAUGCAAGCCAAAAGCGACAAGCAUGGCAUGAGUCAAAGGUGUCUAUGUCUGAACAAGGUCUAACUCGAUCAGCUUCUCUUUUCAGAUCAACGGAUGAUUUCUUAUUUUUCUACUACUAUAAACCGUACUCCAGAUGUGGACCCUUUGUGAUAGGAAUCCUGUUCGGAAUGUACUUGAAACUACGGAAGGAAAGCUUUUUAAAGAAAAAGUGGCAAGCGGCUCUUGGAUGGAUGAGCUCGUUGUCAGUCCUGGCGCUGGUGGUAGGACUAGGCUUUUUCUUUUAUCUUGAUCCAGACCGUUCAGCAACAGGCCCGGCCUUUUACCAUGGACUACACAGAAUAUUGUGGGUGACGGCUCUCAGCUGGGUCAUACUGGCCUGCGAGGAGGGCUAUGGAGGUUUUAUCACGAGUCUGCUUUCACUGAAGUUCUGGGUUCCUCUUGCAAACCUAAGUUACUCCUCCUACCUAAUUCAUCCCUUCAUUAUCUAUAUAUUCAUUGGCCUACAAGAAACUCCAGUACACUAUUUAGACAUCAACGGUAUGUAUUUGUUCUUUGGCCACGUGGUGCUCACCAUUCCUGUGAGCUAUGUUCUGACUGUGCUGGUGGAGAGGCCUUUCAUUCUCCUGAAGUGGAAGAUUGGGGGCUUCUCCCUCUUUUCCCACCAAGCAGCCUCUGCAGACACACCUGAUCCCACUCUACCAAUCCCGCUCUCCCUUCUUAGACACCUGACAGAAGUCAACCAGCGCCAGUGUGUUGGUUUUCCCUCUCCCUACUAUGACUCUCCGUGCCUGUUCUCCUGUCCUGGACUUCUUGUGGAUGAUACUUUUCCAUACGUUUUUGUGUCUGCUCCUCUCCCCCAAUCCUAA